AGGUCCCAACCGCCGAUCGGCCACGCCGCAAAAAGAACCCAACCCGCCCCGCUCGCCACUCCGGCACUCCCACUCCCACUCCCACCCCCACCUGCCCCGCGCCGCGCGACCAGCCUCCACGCCACGCACGCCGCUGAUCGCCCCAGCGAUGCCGCCACCGUCCCUCCUGCUCUUCCACUGCCGCGCCCCGCUCCCGCACCGCCCACUGCGGAUGAGCUCUCCGUCACCGAGCAGGAGGGUCGUCUGCUCCGCCUCCACCGCCGAGGGGUACAUCUCCGCGGCGCCGAUCCUCCUUCCCGACGGCCCAUGGAAGCAGGUAGAAGGCGGUGUCACGGCGGCGAAGGGGUUUAAGGCCGCGGGCAUCUACGGCGGCCUGCGCGCCAAGGGACAGAAGCCUGACCUGGCGCUUGUUGCUUGCGACGUCGACGCCACCGUCGCCGGAUCUUUUACAACAAAUGUUGUUGCUGCUGCGCCUGUUCUGUAUUGCAAGCGUGUCCUUACUUCAUCCAAAACAGCUCGUGCUGUGUUGAUUAAUGCUGGUCAAGCAAAUGCAGCCACUGGUGAUGCAGGAUAUCAGGAUGCAGUGGAUAGUGCGGAAGCUGUUGCCAAGCUUUUGAAUGUGAGCACAAAUGACAUACUGAUCCAGUCCACUGGUGUCAUUGGUCAAAGAAUAAAAAAGGAAGCACUUAUAAAUUCACUUCCUAGACUUGUGGGCUCUCUGUCUUCAUCUACUGAGGGUUCAAAUUCUUCAGCUGUGGCCAUCACAACUACAGACCUUGUUAGCAAGAGCAUUGCUGUCCAGACUGAGAUUGGAGGAGUGCCUAUCAAGAUAGGAGGAAUGGCCAAAGGUUCCGGGAUGAUUCAUCCAAACAUGGCAACAAUGCUUGGUGUUCUCACGACCGAUGCUCAAGUGAGAAGUGAUGUUUGGAGAGAAAUGGUCCGGACAUCAGUGAGUAGAAGUUUCAACCAAAUUACUGUGGAUGGUGAUACAAGUACCAAUGACUGUGUUAUUGCUAUGGCUAGUGGAUUAUCUGGUUUAUCCGACAUCCUCACUCAUGAUAGCGCUGAAGCUCAACAGCUCCAAGCAUGCCUAGAUGCAGUAAUGCAAGGCCUUGCAAAAUCCAUAGCAUGGGAUGGUGAGGGUGCAACCUGCUUAAUUGAGGUUACUGUAACUGGUGCAAAUAAUGAGGCAGACGCAGCUAAAAUGGCACGUUCAGUGGCAGCGUCCUCCUUGGUUAAAGCUGCUGUAUUUGGGCGAGACCCGAACUGGGGGCGUAUUGCUUGCUCUGUCGGCUAUUCGGGAAUUCAUUUUGAUGCAGAUCAACUUGACAUUUCCCUUGGAGUUAUUCCACUAAUGAAAAAUGGCCAACCACUCCCUUUUGACAGAUCUGCUGCUAGCAAGUAUCUCAAAGAUGCUGGUGACAUCCAUGGUACAGUAAAUAUUGAUGUAUCAGUUGGGACUGGAGGAGGCACUGGAAAGGCAUGGGGUUGUGACCUAAGUUAUAAGUAUGUAGAAAUAAAUGCUGAAUACACAACGUGAAAUUCGUAUUCUUCAUGAAAACUGCAUUUCUGAAUACACAUCCAUUGUCUUCAUUUGUCUGAGUGCCCUUUCGAUGCAACUGCACUCUAAAAACUGUAUCAUACUGAAGCAAUAGUGUUGUUGUACCAAUAGGUCGAACAUGAGGUUAGUGUUCUGUGAGUGUAAUAAUGUGCUGAAGAAUUUUGGAGCACCAUGUGAAAAUAGUCUGCCAUCCUUCUCGGUUCUUGAUUGAUAAAGGAGGAUGUUGGCCUGACCAAAUAAAGUUUACUUGGAUUUUGUGUA